GCUGGAAUUGCUCCAUAUUACACCCUAAUGGUACACUUGCCCUACAAGAAAGGGCAAAGACUCGAUUGUGCCAACUAUCGAGGCAUAACAAUCCUCAACUCAGCGUACAAAGUACUAUACCGAAUCCUGUGGAGCAAGCUGAGACCGUUGACCGAGACCUUUGUCGGCGAAUACCAGUGCGGUUUUCGAGCGGGUCGGUCAACGACGGACCAGAUGUUCACUCUGCGACAAAUCCUCGACAAGUUCCGGGAGUACAACCAGCAAACACACCAUUUGUUCAUCGACUUCAUGGCGGCGUACGAUUCAGUCAAAAGAAACGAACUUAGGAAAAUUAUGCUAGAACACGGCUUUCCGGCGAAGUUAAUAAGACUGAUUCGUGCAACGCUCGACGGAGCAAAAUCAAGCGUGCGAAUAGCUAACGAGACAUCUGAAGCUUUCGUUACGUUGGAUGGAUUGAAGCAGGGCGAUGCUCUCUCGAACUUACUGUUCAUCAUAGCGUUGGAGGGUGCUGCUCGAAGGGCAAGCGUGCAAAGAAACGGAACACUCAUAACUAAAUCGCACAUGCUGCUUGGAUACGCUGACGAUAUCGACAUCAUUGGUAUCGAUCGUCGUUCAUUGGAGGAGGCGUUCGUACCUUUCAAGCGGGAAGCUGCGAAGAUCGGACUGACCAUCAACACUGCCAAGACCAAGUAUCUGGUUGCUGGCAGAGCGCGUGGCAGUGCAGGUGAAAAUAGAUGGAGAAAGAUAUGAGGUGGUGGAUGAAUUUGUAUAUCUUGGUACACUCGUGACGUGCGACAACGAUGUGAGCUGCGAAAUGAAACGGCGGAUUAGUGCUGCAAACAGGGCCUUCUACGAUUUUAGUAGCCAGCUAAGGUCCCGCAGCCUAAGGACGCCUACGAAAAUCACGCUGUACAGGAGCUUGAUACUCCCUGUAGCUCUUUACGGUCACGAGUCGUGGACGCUAAAGGAGGCUGACCAGAGAGCACUUGGGGUCUUCGAGCGGAGAAUCCCGCGUUCUAUCUUCGGCGGCAAGCAAGUAGGAGAAAAGUCAUCAAGCACGACAGGCUAAAGUGGGCUGGACAUGUAGCCAGAAUGUCGGACGAGCGGGCGGCUAAAACGAUAUUCAGCAGCGAACCUGGACGGGGUCGUUGGCUUCGUGGAAAGCCUCGUACGCGUUGGCUGUGUGCAGUCGACGAAGAUGCAAG